AUGAGUUUCCACAAGGAGGAUGGAGUAAGCAGCCUAUGCCAGAAGGCGCUGCACAUCGUCACCGAGCUGUGUUUCGCUGGCCAGGUGGAAUGGGAGAAGUGUUCGGGCAUCUUUCCCCCAGACAGGGGCAGCCAGGGCGGAGGCAGCACAGAUAUUUCUGUCAGCCUGUUAGCUGUCAUUGUCAGCUUUUGUGGCCUGGCUCUGUUGGUUGUCUCACUCUUUGUCUUCUGGAAGUUGUGCUGGCCAUGCUGGAAAAGUAAACCUGUGACUUCCAAUGUCAGUGCUCUUCCACAGAGCAUCUCAAGUGCUCCUACUGAAGUAUUUGAGACUGAAGAGAAAAAAGAGGUUAAAGAAAAUGGAAGGCCAGCACUAACAACGGUUGAACCUGCAAUAAAAAUCAGCCACACUUCCCCAGAUAUCCCAGCCGAAGUUCAAACUGCUUUAAAAGAACAUUUAAUUAAACACGCCCGUGUGCAAAGACAGAUUACUGAGCCUACAUCUUCAUCCCGCCACAAUUCCUUCCGGAGACACCUACCAAGACAAAUGCAGGUUUCCAGUGUUGAUUUCAGCAUUGGCACAGAACCUGUUCUACAAAGAGGAGAAACUACAACCAGCAUUGGAAGGAUAAAGCCAGAACUCUACAAACAGAAAUCAGUUGACUCUGAAGGCAACAGGAAAGAUGAUGUCAAAACCUGUGGGAAGCUUAACUUCACCCUCCAGUAUAACUAUGAAAGUGAACUUCUAGUUGUUAAAAUUAUCAAAGCCUUAGAUCUCCCUGCUAAAGACUUCACAGGAACAUCUGACCCUUAUGUGAAGAUCUAUCUUCUUCCAGAUAGGAAAAAGAAAUUUCAGACCCGAGUGCACAGAAAGACUCUAAAUCCUUUAUUUGAUGAAACCUUUCAAUUUCUCGUGGCAUAUGAUCAACUAAGCAACCGAAAACUACAUUUCAGUGUAUAUGAUUUUGACAGAUUUUCUAGACAUGAUAUGAUUGGGGAAGUUAUUCUUGAUAAUUUGUUUGAAGUCUCUGAUCUCUCCAGGGAAGCCACAGUAUGGAAAGAUAUCCACUGUGCUACCACAGUAAAUCCUUAUGUCAAAGUGUCUCUGAUGUGUGAAGGUCGAAGAUUAAAAAAGAGAAAAACAACCACAAAGAAAAACACUCUUAACCCUGUGUACAACGAGGCCAUUAUUUUCGAUAUACCUCCCGAGAAUGUAGACCAGGUCAGCCUCUCCAUUGCAGUCAUGGAUUAUGAUAGGGUAGGACACAAUGAGGUCAUAGGAGUAUGUAGAACAGGACUGGAUGCUGAGGGUCUUGGGCGAGACCACUGGAAUGAAAUGCUGGCAUACCACCGGAAACCAAUAACCCACUGGCACCCCUUGUUGGAGUUACCUGGCCGAGCAACCAGUUUUGAUAGUCAAGGGUCCUGUUCAUCUCCCAAACCAGCUUCCACGCCAUAA